GUAUACUUUGUAUGUAGCUUCCAAGAUUAAGCAGAGUUGUUAGGUUGUUAUUUUGUUUAAAUUUUUAUUUAUAAAAAAUAUAAAAGUUUUUGCAAAAACUUGUAAUUAUGAUCCUAUUUUCCAGACAACCAUUUUAUAGUUUAAUUGAAAUUCUGAUAAAAGGCGUACGCCCAAACACUGGGUGAAACGUGAGGCAACCUGCGUUUACGUCUUUGAAUUUUUAUUUGAAGAAUAUAGUAUAAAAGCGAAGCUCAGAAUCCACCUCGAAAGUCGAAACAGAAAUGGCUCCUGCUUGUUCCUUCUCUCCCACAUACUUACAUUCCACAUCCACAGUUUCUCGCUUCCCACGCUACAAACCUGCAAUCUUCGUUUCCAAAUCCGUUGGUCUUCUCCACAAAACCUUCAUUCCCAAUUACCGUACACUUUCCCUUCUUCGUCCUGCUUUCUCUCGAAACUCACGCUUCCCUCCCUCAUCAAUCACUACUACUUCUUCCCCUCCUAAACUCGAUUCUCUUCUACUUCUCUGCACUUCCAUUGCUCUGUCUUUCUCCUUCUUUCUUGCCGAUGUUGGUCCCGCUUCUGCUUUCGUGGUCACUUCGCCGAGGAAAUUGCAGUCCGAUGAGCUCGCUACUGUUCGUCUCUUCCAAGACAACACUCCCUCUGUUGUAAACAUUACCAAUCUUGCUGCCAAGCAGGAUGCUUUUACGUUGGACGUAUUGGAGGUUCCACAAGGCUCUGGAUCGGGCUUUAUCUGGGAUAAAGAGGGUCAUAUUGUGACCAAUUAUCACGUUAUCCGCGCAGCUUCUGAUCUCAGGAUCACUCUUGCCGACCAGACAAUAUAUGAUGCAAAAAUCAUUGGCUUUGAUCAGGAUAAGGAUGUUGCUGUGUUACGUGUUGAUGCAUCUAAAGACAAACUUAGGCCUAUACCUAUUGGUGUCUCUAAUGACUUGGUUGUUGGUCAGAAAGUGUAUGCUAUUGGGAACCCAUUUGGACUAGACCAUACUCUUACUACUGGUGUCAUCAGUGGACUUCGUCGAGAAAUUAGUUCGGCUGCAAGUGGCCGGCCGAUUCAAGAUGUCAUACAGACUGAUGCUGCGAUUAACCCAGGGAACAGUGGGGGGCCACUAUUGGAUAGUUCUGGUAACCUUAUUGGUAUAAACACAGCUAUAUAUUCCCCAUCUGGUGCCUCAUCUGGCGUUGGAUUCUCUAUUCCUGUGGACACAGUAAGUGGCAUCGUCGAUCAAUUGGUGAGGUUUGGGAAGGUCGCAAGACCUAUUUUAGGGAUCAAGUUUGCACCAGAUCAGUCUGUAGAGCAGUUGGGUGUAAGUGGGGUACUUGUUUUGGAUGCUCCUGCCGACGGUCCAGCUGGGAAAGCCGGCUUGCAACCAACGAAACGUGAUGCCUAUGGUAGACUCAUUUUAGGCGACAUCAUAACAUCCGUGAAUGGUAAAAAGGUUACUCAUGGAAGUGAUUUGUACAGAGUUCUUGAUCAGUGUAAAGUGGGCGACAAGGUGAUCGUAGAGGUUUUGCGAGGCGACCAGAAGCAGAAGAUCCCUGUUAUUCUUGAACCAAAGCCUGAUGAAUCAUGACAUGCCUGCUAUCCUGGAUGAUUGCGUAUGGGGUCCAUAUAUUUCAUUUUAUUCAAUUUUUUCUCGCCCUUAGCUGGUUGCUGUUAUGUUCUUAUUAAUUAUUAGUACUUCUUCUAAUUCUUAAUAGUAGAAUUAUUUAACUAA